AUGCUGAAUAUCUUCCGAAUUGCCGGGGAUCUGAGCCAUUUGGCUUCUAUCUUUAUUCUCUUGCACACCAUUUGGACGAGGAAGUCCGCUAAAGGCAUUUCAUUGAAGACAAACAUCUUGUAUGCUUUGGUAUUUGUGACCAGAUACUUGGAUCUAUUUUACAGUUACGUGUCGCUGUACAAUACUCUUAUGAAGGUAUUCUUCAUUUCCUCAUCUAUAUACACCAUUUUCUUACUCAAAAAGUUUACCAAAAACAUCGGAGAAUACAGUGAUGAUUUCAAGAUUCAAUACUUAAUCGUGCCAUCUUUUGUGCUUGGUCUAAUCUUCAACCACAAAUUGACCAUCACCGAGGUCUUGUGGAGCUUUAGUCUUUGGCUCGAAUCUGUUUGCAUUCUACCACAAUUGUUUAUGCUCCAGAAGAGCGGAGAAGCAGAACUGCUUACGAUCCAUUACAUUUUUGCACUGGGUCUUUACAGAGCAUUGUAUAUCCCAAAUUGGUUCUACAGAUACUUCGCCGAAGGACACUUGGACAAACUAGCACUGACAACAGGUAUCAUUCAAACAUUAGUGUACUCAGACUUUUUCUAUGUCUACUACCAAAAGGUUAUCAAGAAUAUCGGUUUCAAUCUACCUCAAUAA